AUGUCUGCUCCCAACUUCUCCACUAUCAACUAUGACAUGUUUGUGCUGAUCGGCAUCCCUGGCCUGAAGCAUAUGCAUCUGUGGAUCUCUAUCCCCUUCUGCCUGAUGUACCUGGUUGCUGCCUCAGGAAAUCUCCUCCUGAUUUUUGUGGUAGCUCUUGAACGCAGUCUCCAUGAGCCUAUGUACCUCUUCCUGUCCAUGCUAGCAUUCUGGGACCUGAUCCUAUCAACUUCUACUGUGCCCAAAGCUCUGGCCAUCUUCUGGAUGGAUGAUACAAACAUCUCCUUUGGGGGUUGUGUCACUCAGCUCUUCUUCAUGCAUUUUGCCUUUGUGGUGGAGUCAGGGAUCCUUUUGGCAAUGGCCUUCGACCGCUAUGUGGCCAUCUGCUACCCGCUACAAUAUACCACCAUCCUCUACCACAGUGUCAUUGGAAAAAUUGGAGGCAUUGUAGUGUUCAGGAGCUUUGCUACAGUCUUCCCCAUUAUCUUUCUGCUGAAGCGCCUGCCCUUCUGCCGUACCAACAUCAUUGCCCACACAUUCUGUGAACACAUGGGGCUGGCCAAGCUGGCCUGUGCAGAUAUCACCAUUAAUAUUUGGUAUGGAAUCUCUGUGCCCUUGCUCAGUGUCAUGCUUGACAUGGUGGUGAUUGUUAUCUCCUAUAUCCUCAUCCUACGGGCAGUAUUCAGGUUACCUUCUCGGGAUGCUCGGCUCAAGGCACUGAGCACUUGUGGGUCACAUGUCUGCGUCAUCCUCAUGUUCUACCUGCCAGGGAUUUUCACUGUCAUUGCUCAACGCUUUGGCCGGAAAAUCCCUAGACAUGUCCAUAUCCUACUGGCUAAUCUUUAUGUGCUUGUUCCCCCCAUGAUGAACCCAGUUAUUUAUGGGGUCAAAACCAAACAGAUCAGAGAGAGAGUGGCCCUUUUGUUCUCACCAAAGGGGAAAUGUUGA